CGUUAGACAAAACGGAAAUGACGUAAAGUGUCGCUCUAGAGAGGGCUCGGCUUGGACGGUUCUUCGUAAUAUCCGUGAGGUUUAUAUUUUCGGUGGGAAAUGUAGCGCGAUUAUUUCGUAAAUAAAGCAUAAAAGACAAUGGCAGUCGGAGCGGUGUUACGUUCUUUUCUGUCCGGCUGCGCUCCUAAACUGUCGAAGGUUCCGCGGCUGAGUGCGCUCCCGUUCUGCGUCAGGACGGUGCACGUGUGUCCGGUUUUGCACGCGGGCCACAACAAAUGGUCCAAAGUGAAAGACAUCAAGAUCCCGAAAGAUGCAGCUCGAGCGCGGAUGAUCGCCAAAUACACGAUGUUGAUCAGGGUGGCAGUGAGAGAGGGAGGACCAAACCCGGAGUAUAAUGUCACUUUGGCUCAGCUUCUAGAGCAGUGCAGAAAUAAAAAUCUACCCAAAACUACCAUUGAGGCUGCUAUUAAAGGAGCGGAAAAGUCGAAAGCUGGUACUCAAUACACGUACGAGGCGCGAGGGCCCGGAGGUUCCACGCUGCUCAUCGAGGUUCUGACGGACAACAGCACACGCUCACACCAGGCCAUCAAGCACAUCUUAACGAAAAACGGGGGGGCGAUCUGUGAAGGCGCCCGGCAUCAUUUUGACAGAAAAGGCGUCAUCGUGGCGGCCCGAGACCAAGUUUCUACUGAAAAAGCUCUGGAGCUGGCGAUAGAGGCGGGGGCUGAAGACGUGCACGAAGCUGAGGAUGAGGAUGAGAAGCCGAUUUUACAGUUCAUCUGUGACAUGAACUCGACAAAAGCUGUGCGGACAGCGCUGGAAGCUCUCGGGGUUCACACUCUGUCAGCGGGGAUGGAGUACAUCGCCAACACUCCCGCUGCUCUACCACAGGACCAGCUGGACGCCAGUGCCACCCUACUCGAGGCUCUCAACGAUUACCCAGACGUGGUCAGAGUGUGGGACAACAUUCAGGCGCUGGAGUAAGACGGGAACUAAGACGACGCUGAAUGUUUCACGAGAUCCUUUCAAGUGAAGGACUGAAGCUUGACGAGUGAGGGAAAUCCUCAGUAUCUUAUAUAAAAUAUGUGUAUUUGUGCACAUUUGUGUGUUCAAAAUAAAGCUGUAUUUAUGGUUUAA